AUAAUUGUUUCACUUCCUAAAAUGAUCAUACACCUGGACAAGUCUAUCAUCGUUUAUUUUUAAGAGUUCGGACGAAAGUGCUUCAACUUGUGAAUAAGUUGUGAGUUGAAACAACAGUAUUUUUUAGACAUCACAUCCGAUUCCGAGGCGAGCAAGCUGUCGAUCAAGGGAUCGCCAGGCUAGGAUUUUUAGGAGGAGUCUAGACGGUAGACCAACCCACAGUUUUUGGAGUCAAACGAAUGUUAAUAGUUUGCGUUAUUGCCUUUCUGCAAGUUUAGCCUACACUGGAAACGACUACAAUCUGAUUAGCCACCAUGUCUGAGAGAAAAGCCGUCAUCAAGAAUGCUGACAUGUCAGAGGACAUGCAACAGGACGCAGUGGACUGUGCAACCCAAGCCCUGGAGAAAUUCAACAUUGAGAAGGACAUCGCCGCUUACAUCAAGAAGGAAUUCGACAAGAAGUACAACCCGACAUGGCACUGCAUCGUGGGAAGGAACUUUGGCAGCUACGUCACACACGAGACCAAGCACUUUAUUUACUUCUAUUUAGGGCAGGUUGCUGUUUUGCUGUAUAAAUCUGGUUGAGAUUUUUUGACAAGUUUAUCAAGCUACUUGAUUUUAGAAGCGUUUGUUUGAAAUAAAUUGUAAAAAAAGAGAUUGUUCUGUUCGUGUUGAUGUAAUUCCAUUGUAAGCCAUGCCCUCUUUACACAAAAUGGAACUAUUCAUACCAGAAACCUGUUGGAGUUGCCAUGAGCUAGUUUGGCUUCGAUUGAUACUAUGCAAGAAAUAAUUGACUUGGCUUUAACGUACUUUCUUUGAAGAC